AUGCUGCUGACACCUGCCAACUCGGAGGACGUCUUUCCAGAAGCUGACGGCCCGACGGCAGAAAGUUCAGACGAGCUGCGGCUCAGGUCCGGGCCGCCGCCGAGGGUCGUCGACGUCGACGACUACGGAGCGGGAUCCAACGGCGGCUGUGACGACACCGAGGCGUUUCUUGCGGCAUGGAGGGAGGCCUGCAACUCCACCGAUUACCGGUCCAUGUUCCUCGUGCCCGAGGGGAAGACCUACCUCCUGAUGCCCGUGACCUUCCGUGGCCCCUGCAGAGCUAUCUCGAUCACUGCAAUGAUAAAGGGAACGCUCGAGGCUCCGUCCAACCGAUCGGUCUGGCUGGAUCGCAACCUGCAGGAGUGGAUCACGUUCGAGGGCAUCGAUCGCCUCCAUGUCCUCGGUGGCGGGACGCUCAAUGGGAACGGACAGCAGUGGUGGAUCAACUCGUGCAAGCUCAACAAACCAAUGCGAUGCAUCAAGGGCCCGACGGCGCUGUACUUCCGAAGAUGCACGCACCUGGUCGUGGAGGAUCUGCAGGUGAGGGACAGCAUGCAGAUGCACGUCGCGAUCUCCUACUCGUGGAACGUGCUCGUGUCGAAGCUGUUCAUCACCGCGCCGGGAUGGAGCCCCAACACUGACGGCAUCCAUGUAUCCAACAGCAAGGAAGUCUCCAUAAGCGACUGCACCAUCAGCACAGGUGACGACUGUGUAUCCAUUGUGUCUGGAUCAAUGUUUGUACGGGUGACCGGCAUAUUUUGCGGACCAGGCCAUGGAAUAAGCAUCGGUAGCCUUGGAGCAAGCAACUCGUGGGCCCAUGUCUCUGACGUGCUUGUGGAGAAGGCCACACUGCAGGGCACAACCAACGGUGUGCGGAUCAAAACUUGGCAGGGAGGGCAUGGUUUUGCUGAAAGAAUAACUUUUCAAGAUGUAUCAAUGCAUAAUGUUACUAACCCGGUAAUUAUCGAUCAAAAUUAUUGCGACCCCAGGAAACCCUGUCAUGAACAGGGAUCAGGUGUUGCUGUACGUAAUAUACAUUACAGAAACAUAUCUGGAACCAGUGCUUCAAAAGUUGCCAUCAGUUUCAUUUGCAGUGAAGCUGUCCAUUGUGAUGGAAUAGUGAUGCAAGAUAUAAACUUGGUUGGAGAAGGAAGACACACUGCAUGCUCUUACAGGAACGCCACAGUAGCACAAUUAGGGUAUAUCUUCCCCUUUUGCAGUGUGGAAAUGUAG